AUGAAAAUCGCCAUCAUUGGAGCAGGAGUGAGCGGUUUGACCUCCAUAAAAUGCUGUUUGGACGAAGGGCUCGAGCCAGUUUGCUUUGAGAAAUGCUCCGACAUCGGGGGACUCUGGAAAUUUUCCCAACAUGUGGACGGUUCGAGCGGUUCGGUUUAUGAAUCUACAGUCAUCAACACUAGCAAAGAAAUGACCUGCUUUUCAGAUUUUCCAGCACCAAAGCAUUUUCCGCCAUUUAUGCCUCAUGGCCAUGUGAUAGAGUACCUGCAUAUGUAUGCAAAGCAUUUUGACCUCCUCAAACACAUUCACUUCAAUGCUACAGUGCUGGACAUCAGCCGAACCUCAGACCACCGGAAAACAGGACACUGGAAAGUGACUUUCGCGAAUGGCGAGGGAACUGUUUACGAAACUAUUUUCGGCGGCGUAAUGAUCUGCAAUGGUCACCUCUCAAAGCCAUUUACCCCAAACUUCAACGGAAUUGACAGAUUUCAGGGACGCAAACUCCACAGCCACGAGUAUAAAAGUUAUCGAGGAUUUGAAGGCAAAGCGGUCCUUGUCAUAGGUAAGUUUGUUUUUAUGGAAUCCAAAAUACUAUAAACGCUUGCUAUUUGUCGGAAAUCCUAUUUCAAAAAACUCAUGCUUCCAUAAAUAAGCAAUUUUUGAUUGCCAUCCAUUUUCUCAGGUUAAGAAUUGUGCGGAAACUGCAUGGACGGUAAGUUUCUGCAAACAAAAUAUUUGGCGAAAUUCGAUUUUUGUGUGUGGGUUUCCCACCUUGUUUAGCUAUCAGAGUUUCAUCGGUUCGUCUUGAUUGUAAGUAAAGUGAACUGAACGGUGAAUCUUUCGAAGCGAGUUUCAUUGCCUUUGCAUAAUUAUAAUUGUCAGAGGUAUGGUUUUAGCAACUCAGGCGAUACGCGAUAAUUACGUAACUAGAAACUACACCAGACCGAAGAAGGAACUAGGAAGUAUUUCGAGUUUACCCAGAUUCCUAAGAAAACCCAUCAAAUUGAGUCACAUUGUGUAAGGAGUACGGAGAUUUUUCCGCUUUCUUCUAAUACCGUCGCUAACUGAAUUUUCAUUUCAUCAUAUAUGGUUAAUUACGUCGAUAUCAAUUGGAUUUUGAUGGCUUCAUUCUCCCAACAGUUAAGCAAAGAAUCUUCAAUGAAGUUCUCAGCAACACAUUAACAAAAACACUGAUUGAAAAAGCCACGGAACCAAUACAACCACCAUAGUGACAAAUGCCAAUAAAAGAACUAAUGCAGCAAAAUCUUGACGCAAUACCACAAAGUACAAAUUCAAUACACUACCAAAUUAGCUUUGUCGUUCUUAAACAAAGCAAUUUUGAUUUUGAGUUAAGGGAAAACCACUUGAAUAUUUAAGCCAAAUUUGCUUAUAGAUUAUCUAGGUUAUAUAGCAGUUAGAGACACUUGUCUUCAAGAGCAGUUUCGUAGUACUAUUUUUUUUUUCUCACUAUGGGGGAGAUAGGCAUUGUAAAGAAAUAACUGAGACCGCGACGAAGAAUGUAAGUGAAGAACACUUAUUUCAAACAGAUCACUAACGACACCCACCUGCUCUUAUGGUAAACACUUUAGAUUAGGAUUAAAUCAUGGCCUACUGGGGAUAUGGUAAAAAAAAAAACCUGAAAACCACUAUUAUUACACGUAUUUAGGGAAUGACGGCGCAUAGGAGCGUUUAUCAGAAAUAUUGCUUUCAAAGAGUACAAAUUUACCCAGCUACAUCCGGCUUGAGGCGACAGAUUAUCAAUUAUCAUUCUGCGGACAACAAACUGUAUUUAAAACCAAAGAUUACUCGCAUUUUCCAAAUGAUCGCCUGGAUACUGGCUUUUUGACAAUACCGCUGAAUUAUUUAAUUUUUUCUGCUCGAUUUAGGAAUAGUGCGGUAACUAUUUUAUCAACUCAAUGCAGUAUUCACCAAAGAAUUACCCAAAGAAUUCGGCGAAAUCUCUAGAAAACAAAGUUUAACUAAUUAUUUAUCAUGCCAGAGAAGAUUACGGAAGGGUUAAGUGAAAACGAGUUAGUUUCCAAAUAACAAGCAAAUAUCGAUCAAUAUCAAGACAUAAAAACGUGUUCAAAAAAUUUGAAUGAAUUUCCCAAGCGUCAAAUAAUCGAGGACUGAUUACUCUUACAGACUGUGUGAAACUUCAUCAGCCAACAUGUUUGAAAGAAAUUUAGAUUUACUUAGAUUUUUGAAACUGACCCCAAGGCCCGAGGCUAAAUAUUUAUGGCAAUGAAUAUUUCUCGCAUGAAUUAUAUUAACAUAACAUCAUGAAGUUUUUUUGGCAAUAUACUCACCGUUCUCCUAAAUAUAGGCCACGGCCCCUUUAGUAAACUGAAUUCAGGAAAAGUGGGGUAAUUUUCCUUGUUCUGUGGUUAAAUUGGUAGAAGCUCAUUAGCUUUAGCCUCAGUCGACUGAUUAUAAUCUGGUGGCCUAUAUCACGGCCUAUAUUACAAGGAAAAACGACGCACUUCUCGAUCACCUGGGGAGAAAAAUUCAGACAAACUCGCAGACUCGAGUGCAAUAUAGAUGAGCAGUUCACCUUGGAAAUUUCCUCUAAUUACUUAAAGUAUGUUUUGUUGUUAUAAUCGUGCACAAAGCAAAUGAGACUUGGAAACCGAGGGACAAAUGUCGCAAUAUCUACGAAUCGGCUCCACCUUUUCAACGGCAUUUUUCCCGUGAAACAAAAAGUUAACAAAAAUCAAGACCGCAGCUACUGAAGUAAAAAAAAAAACAAAACAAAACAAAAAGAAGGGAAACUAGUUAACAAGCUGUCUGUUUAAGGCACAGGCGGCGUUCAUUAUGCGGCCAGACCCAAGCCCCCCUCGUUUUCAAACACCUCGGCUACUAUCGCUAGUAACUCCGCUAUUGGUCUUGUACCCAGAGCUUUCACGGCCAAGCGGUUGUAAGUCCCACAUAUUCAGUUACAAUAACACGGUAGGAUCUCGGUACGAGAUUACUCCGCUUCUGGAAUAAAAGAAGAACUGAAAACAUCACUUUAUAACAAUGAGAAAAAUCACAGCAGGUCAAGGAAAUAAUGGCAUUUUGGGAAUACUUCCAAAAACAAGUCCAGGAGAAAUUGUCAUUAAAAGUCACAAUAUCUAUUCGUCCAUUCGUCGCUUAGAAGUAGGUUUUCUCAAGAAUUAUAGCAUAGCAAAUAACCAAUACAAUGCUACAUCUGUGAUUCCUCGAAUGAAUGAAGUCCUUAAUGUUCCGAACUUAUCUUAAAUUACACAUCUCCUCGUCACAGUAUUGAUAGGGGAUUUUUUUCCGCAGGUCUUGGAAACUCUGCCGCUGACAUUGCAGUUGAACUGAGCCGCCACGCCUCUCAAGUUUAUCUGAGUACUCACAGAGGAGCCUGGGUAAUUUCACGCUUGGAGAAGCAUGGACUGCCCUGGGACCAGCACGUGGAAACGAGGUUCUUUCAAAGCUUUCCGACAAAGAUCAAGGAAUGGUUGGCUAUUCGUACCGCUCAAAAAAGGUUUGACCACGAGACGUACGGGCUCCGUCCCCAACACGGCAUUUUAAAUGCCCCCACGGUGAUUAGUGAUGACCUCCCUCUCCGUAUUGCCACCGGAACUAUCCAAUUGCAGCCUAAAGUAUCUCAUUUUACGCAGAAUGGCGUCGUUUUCUCCGACGGUACUAGAGUCGAUAACCUGGAAGUUGUGAUAAUGUGCACUGGUUAUGACAUCGGGUUUGAGUUUCUAAAGGACAAGUAUAUCCUCCCAGUCGACGACAACCAGGUAUCCCUGUACAAACAAGUGUUCCCACCCCACCACCCAAAGUCAACCAUGGCUUUCAUGGGUCUGAUCCAGUCCUCUGGUGCGUUCUUUCCCGCGGCUGAGUUGCAAGCACGCUGGGUGACCCGCGUGUUUAAUGGGAAGGCUAGGCUACCUAGCAGAGAGCUCAUGUUGUACAACAUAGGACUUGAGAAAAGGAUGAUCAGGAAAACCUUCUAUGCCUCAAGGAGGCUCACAAUCCAGGUAUGAAAAGUCGUAGUACUGUAUUUCAGCGACAGCUACUCUCUUCCUAAAUUUUAUUACCAAGAGGAACCAUCUCUUUUCCUCCUGUCCCUUCAACUUCCAAAAUCUGUUCAGUAGUUCUUCCUGCCACAAUUUUUUUGGAUAAUAAAUUGAAAGAACUUAGAGUUACAUGGAGAUAAAAUCCUACACCUGAAUGGGUAAUGAAUGGCACGAUAAAGCACGUUGUGAAAAUGUGGCUCGAAUUCGAAAAAGUGUUUCAAGACCACGACCCUUUCUUAGGAAUUCUUCUUGAAACGAGCGACAGAUCACUAAAAGCUGAGUCCGUUUCCUUUUUAAAUAACCUUAAACUUACGGUGAAGAGUAUUGUUUCAUUUAUUUUAGACUAUUUUAUGUUCUAAAUGUUCACAAAAUGUGUUCAGUACUUUUUAUCAAAGAUAAAUGAAAUUUUCGCUAAUCUUUAUCUCCCUUUUAUUUUUUUCAGGUAUCCAGUAUUCCGUACAAGGACCAACUAGCGAAAAUGAUUGGCUGUAAGCCAGACUUCAGACGACUCUUUUUCAGAGACCCUCUCCUGGCCUUCAAGUGCUAUUUCGGGCCUUGCUGUGCGGCUCAAUACCGCCUUAUGGGGCCUGGUGCCUGGUCUGGAGCCAAAAAGACCAUCGAAGACACGUACAGCAACGAGAUGUUCCCACACGUGGGAAGAAGAAAUAAAACACCCACCAGUAUAUCACAAAGCGUGGUCAAAUUCCUCAAGUUGGUCUUCAUGUUUGUAACCGUUGCAACAAUUAAUGAAUUGUCCCAAGAUCUAAGAGGGGAAUGGGACGCAGUGGUUGGCUGGCUGAGGGCUGCACGAUAA